AUGGUCUCCCUCUCCCCCCUUGUACUAACUAGACCCGUCUUUCGCCGCAGCAGGCAGUACCAUGCCUCUCCUUCACUCGGCCGUUCCGCGAACGAUCUGCCAGUUAUUACGAGCAGUCUGAAAGAAACUCUUGAGGCGCAUCGAUCUGCGAAUCGGUUCAGGCUAAUCCGCCGAGUUCUGUCUACACCCGAAAAUGGUGACAAGCAAGAGCCCAGUGGGAUUGAGCGUGCCCGUGCCCACUGGGAGAAGCAAAAACUGCGGGAAAGUGACCUUUCAAUCGCCCAGAAUUUGACUGAAAUACCCGAACCGCCGACUUCAGAAAGACUGCAUGCACCGUCGAGGAACGUCAAACUACCUGCUCGGGGUCAUGGAGCUGCCUCUUUUUUCCAGAGACUUACUAAGAGUUCUGUGCGCAGGUUGAAGCUGCCAUCAAUCAUAAAUGGCCUUCAAUAUCCCUGGGUGGACUAUCUAGACACUUCUGGUACCAAUGGAAUUUCACGAUUGGAGAAGGAAAUAAAAGCAUUUGAGAUGUACAUGGCCCCAAUUCCGCAGGAAACCGCUGCUGCGAACAAAGUCAUCAGCGACGUGACAGAUAAGCUUCGGGGUGCAGACUGUCUUCCCCUACAUAUUAUUGGACCUAGGGCCGUCGGAUUGACAAUGCGCGACUCUUCAAUUGAAUUGCUGACUAUUAUUUCCGAUCCGGACGACGUCUCGGACAUUCGACGCCCAAGUCCAACCCGCCCAAAAAUUACCGAACUCCAAUUAGAGCGGCAAGAACAACUUUCGCGCCUCCUCCGUGGUACUGCACUUUUCUCCUCCGUCGACCUAAUCCGCUCUCGCGUCCCAGUCAUCGACGCAGUGCAUGCUGCCACCAACCUCCCAAUGACUUUCCAUUGUGCCACCCAAUUACCCAGCUCCCUUCAAUUCGUCAAAACCUAUCAAUCUGAGUUCCCAACCCUCCGCCCCCUCCUAGCCGUCCUACGAAUGAUGCUACAAAAUCGGCGUCUCUUUGGCGUCAAGAAUCGGACCAUAGAUGUACACACUCUUACCAUGAUGAUCGUCGCGGCCCUAAAGCUAUCUGAAGGUAAAUACUCCCGUGUUAAUGUAGCCGAACAACUCCUCCAUAUCCUUCACUUCUACUCCACGAUUAAUUUCCGUCGCUACGGGAUCUCAGUCGACCCACCCUCUGUCUUCCGCAAAAGAGGCCCUCUUCGCGAAGCUUACCGGCGGAUCGAGCUGAGAGCGCCUUUUGUUCGAGGCCAAAUCAGCAUUGGGAAGAGAUCAGCUGGGUUGGGUAGCCAUAUGCUGUGUCUCCAAGACCCUGCUAAUUACUUGAAUGAUCUUGGGAUGACAUGCUUUCGGACUUUGGAACUGCAAAAUGUGUUUCGGGAUGUUUAUGAGGAUUUGAAGCGCGGGAUAACGGCAUGGGAUAAACAGCCAGGGGGUGUUGAUUCGGAACAUCAUGGAGACCAACAUAUGAUGACGACAACGGUAGCUAAUCAAGCUGAGAACAGCGCAACUGCAGGUUUGUUGGAUUUUGCUUUGGGUGGUAAGUAUGACUAUCUUGAACGGAUGAGGGAUAAAAUCAUUCUUGGUACCGAUGGAUAG